GAAUUAUGGAACUCGGCGAUGGACUUUUACUAGAGAAAUGGUACCAUAUUGCUUAUACACUUUCUGACUCGGAAAAAAGGUUAGACGUCUACAUAGAUGGUGAAUGGCUCGGAUUCUACAGUAUCCAGGACUUUAAAAAGCAAAGGGUUAUCUUUAAUGAUGGGCCAUUGUAUAUUGGCAAAGCUUACGAUUUGGGAUUUAAUGGUGAAAUUAGGAAUGUUCGUAAUUUCAACUGGCGUUUAUCGGCCGGAGAAAAAAAACCAAUUGUAUAUGGAUCAAAAGUUGCUCUUAUUCAUGUGCCUACAGGAAAAUAUUUGUCUACUAAAGGAGUUAAAUAUGAUUUGGGACCGAAUAAUAAGCAAUAUAUGGUCAUUUGCAGUGGCAAAGAGAUAGAUUUGGUAAAAGAUGUUUGGACAAUUGUUGGGGCUCAUGAUGAAAGCGUAAAUAUGGGAAACUCUGUACUCUUUAAUUCAAUAAUUGGAUUUAAGCAUCAAGCUACGAAUUUAUGUCUGCAUUCUCAUGGUACGGGAGCAGGAGUCACACCCAAAUCAAAUUCUCAACAAGUGACUCUCUGCCCGGGUAGAGGUGGUGACAAUGAUUGGCUAGUUCGACGUUUUGGUCCUGACACUUCCUAUAGUCAUUUGACGAACGAAGACGUUAUUAAUCUUUUUCAUAUUGCUACUAACAAACCAGCACUUUGCAGUCACUCUGUUAUAUUGAAUGACGGAAGCCAAGAGGUUUGUUGCAAUGGUGAUGGAAGUGAUGAGAAAAAUAUGUGGCUUAUUAAAUUAAUUGAAUGA